GGGGCCAUGGACUCGUGUUGUUUACGCCAAAUCCUGACUUUCAUUAGCAACAGGACCUGGGAUUUUGUCGGACCACCAGCGAUCAUACCACAGCUGCUCAAAAGUCGCUUAGGUCACUCGUUUUGCCCAUUCUAACAUUCAAUCGAAUGCCUCUUUUUACAGUCCUGAUUAUGUGGUUUUAUCUGCGCCGAACUUGGUGCAAAACCACGCCCACGAGUAGCCUAGCAAAAGCCGCGCUGAUUGGACAGCUUGUUCUGACGUGCCUCUUCAGGAAGUAAACGCGAUAGUUUCGGGUUAGCAAUAUAGCUGGUAUCAAAUAAGAAACGUGUGUGAAGAGUAACUCCUAGCGACAUCAACAGACUGCCAAUCAUUAUUGAUUUACCUCGCAGCCAGUGACUGAAGAAGUAUUUGCUGGAAGUAUUUUCAAGCUAUUAGCUAGCAAGUUUACAUUCGCAAGUAGCUAGCUAGCUAAUCGAGUGUGCUGCUGUGCUGAGACGGACAACCGUCAUCAUCAACGAUAUUGCUAACUAACGUUAACCCCAACUAAGGGCUUUCCCGUUGUCACUUGUGCUACCGUCGCUGCUCCAAUAUGCCUCGUGAGUGCGCUGUUAAAAUGUGCGACAACAAACAAAAGACUUGGUCGGCGCUAAUGUUUCACCGACUUCCAUUGAGUAAUCCGGACCGAUUGAAACUAUGGAUGGUUGCUCUGAACAAAGAUGCUAAUACACCGACCGAUGACCUCAGAAAGUUACUUGUGUGCUCGGAACAUUUUCUACCGGGGGACUAUUAUGAGAAGCUGGGACAGGACAGACACAGCAGGAUGAGAAUCAUGAAAAGUUUCCUGAAGGAUACGGCGGUGCCGUCAGUGGCCAUAAACACCACGCCAGGACAACGUGGAAUAAUGGCGGUUGAGACAGGAGACGUACCUCCAGCUGUAGACGAUCCACCAGGGACUGACUCCCUAUCUGCUGGAGGGGCGUCUGCUCCAACCCCACAGCAUGGAGGGGCAGGUGUUGCUACGGCUACGACGGGGUUCCUCUCCCACCUGGGUCUGCGGCUGACAGAGCCUGCUUCAACCUCUGGAACGUACGUGGCUCUGGUACCCACGUGUACACUUAGUAAGAACAUCCCCUUCACGACUACGACGGGGGGCGCAUGCAGAAGGAAAAAAACAAAGACCAACGUUCCUGUGGCGCGCAGGAAGAAAGGUCAAAUGGACUCAGCCGCUAAGAAGACUUCAGUGAAGGACUGCACCAGUACGACCUCUACUGCUGGUUCCACUGUCUCGCCUUUCACCACCUCCAGCCCCUCCACCUCCAGCCAGGGAUCCAGCUCUGACAGUAAGGUGUCAGGAGAACCGGACGGAGAGCCGGACGGAGAAGGAGGAUGGAGCGAAAGGAAAUGGAUCGUGAACGAGUCGAAACUCAAGGAGCUUUUCCAGACGUGUCACCAGUGCGGCGCUGCCUUGCGUAACAGAACGAUAACCGCUUUGGGUUACAGCCAAAUCAAAGUGACAUGGACUUGUCCCGAUAAGCACAGAGGAGAGUGGCAGUCGUGUUCCGAUGCUUUCGCUAUCGGUCACUACCUGCAGAUGGUUGGUUACAGAGUGUUGCUAGACUCCAUGAAUAGUCAGUUUGUAAGUCAUGAUGACUAAGUAUCUACUACAGAAUGUCAUC